GUGAAAGUACUGUGCGGUGCCUAUACACUACAAAAGCUUAUGUGUCGUUCGUAAAAUUAAUAUAUAUAGUAUAGACUCGGUAACCGUAAUCCAUAUAGUUUCUAGUCCGUGUGAUGAGAUCAGUCGAUUCUCCUGGAUGUACUGACUGCAUAAUUUGUAUUUGUCUGUGACAGUGUAAUGUCAAAUAGUAUUGUCGGUCAUAAAAGUUUAAAAUGUCUUUGAUUCAACCCAAUCAGUAUUUUUCGAUUAAGGAUAUUUUAGUGACGGAGGAGCGCGUGGCUUCGGAGGUGAGACAGCCCAUGCCGAAUCUAGGCUUCUUGUGCUCGUCCUCGAAGAAGGAGCACCUGGAGCCGGGCUCAAAACUCGACAUACCAGUUUGGUUGGCGAGCUCUUUGAGCGCUAAACGUAAAUCUAUCGUCAGCUGCGAACUGCCCAGGUUCUACAAGGAUUCUUACAAGGAGAUCCUGCACGCCGACGCUUGUGCAGUUGAACUCAACAAGUGGAAUCAAUACUUUUACGAGUUGGGCUUGAUUUUGCCGCCCAUCGUUAAGGAUGACAAUCAACAAAUACCAGAACUACUUCUUGAAGUAUUCAAAUCAAGAUUUCGGUUGAUUAUGGAUUGCGAACAGAGUGUAUUUGGUGCUCCUUCGAUCCAGGUCCAAUUGACAGCGCUCGAGAAGCAACUUUUGAAGCAAGGUAAUCAAGGAAAGAUGCUUUUGAUAAAUUGGCUCAAUAAAGGUGUUAAACACAUUAAAACAUCGGACGUUGUUGAAAAUUUAAGAAAACGCAAGCGUAUGGAAGUUUAAUAAUAAUUUUGACGUAUCAAA